AUGACCGGAAAUGACAGCCACGACGGUGCUCUCAAAUGGCAGAUUUCAGACCGCACCUGGCUACUGUACCCACGUAACCAGCAUCAUCGAUGGUCGAUCGCCGUUCGAUUGCUGGACAACCAUUGCCGAGAGUGCAGUUCGAUAAGUAGAAAUAGCUCGAACAUCGCGAUCUGUCUUGAAACCGGAAAAACCCUCCGACGUGAUGCUUCGCCGGAAACCAGAACUGAGGUCAACCCUUUCGCACCAGCGUUGUCUGUAUGUAAGGUUGUUUGUGAGGUUGUGAGGUCUGCGUUGCGCGACCACGAAGUGUCUCAAUGUGCGGUACUCGUACUCGCGUGGUUGACUUCUAAUAAAACUUGUCGAAUCGAUAGCGAGUAUGAUUCGGCGGCGGUGGCCGGCCAGCCGUUCGCGGUCGUUAUAGAUCCGCAGCGAGUGCUCUCUGCCAGGUCGAAUUUAUCCGCCGGGAAAGUAAAUUUUAUCCGAUGGCGAUCGUUCGCGUUCCGACGAAAUUUAUAUACUGAGGAGACUCGCGUUUAUCACGCGGUGCUUUGUGAUCGGGACGAUGACGACGACACGCCGAUUGUGAGGCUAAUGUUGAGGCUAAUGCUGAAGCAAAAGUUUGCAAUUCGCCGGAGACGUUCUUUAAGAAUUGCGAUGCAGUCGCGCCGCAACGACGAAGAUCACGGCAGCCGUGAAAGGCCUAAUUUGGUAAACCAUGGGUUGGGAAGGAGUGACGGAAGCGCGGUAAAGAGCCGCCGUUUGGCCGGUCCACAAGCGUUACUAGUUACGUACUACCGCCUAGAUCUGCCGUACCUCUUCGUCGACCACUCAUCCAGCAAAAAGACAGUCAACAGCUAUCUCCAGAAUUUGUACUUCUUUGAAAAUGAGUUAACUGAGUAA